GGAGAAGUCAAACCGAGAUGCCACUAUCUAAUCAAUUAAUUACUACCCACCAUGGAUUUUACUCACGAAGCCAGCCACGUGGAUGACCAGCUGACGUUGGCAGGCCAAGGUGUACUUCAGUUUAGUGGGCAUCGAUGUGUCGAAAAAGCAACGUACAAGAAUCACUCCAGUGACCAAGGGCUGUCACCAUUUCUUCGUCACGUCGUGGGCAUCUCCGUCUGCAAUUCUUGGAGAUUUUCCACACAGUCUCAAGAGAUCAAACGUCUCUUAACUUCACAUACGAAGAUCAGUUUGAAGCAUGGAAUACUUCGCCAUCUCGCUCCUAGUAGUGGGGUUGGCGUUCUUCUUGUGGGGCAUCUACUUCUUUGCAAAAGCCGAUGGCGAUCUCACUAUACUACGCCAGGCACCCUUACCACCCAAUGCAUUUAAAGACAAGGUAGUUUGGAUCACUGGUGCCAGUCAAGGCAUUGGAGAGACCCUAUCAAAGGAGUUUGCCAGUCAUGGAGCGAAGCUGAUUUUGUCUGCAAGAAGGUUACCAGAGCUGGAACGAGUCAAGGCAUCACUUUCAGGAUUGCAUGCACCCAGUUCUGUUGUGUUGCUACCUUUGGACGUUACUGGAAGUGAAGACGUCCUCAGGGAAGCUGUAGAGAAGGCAGAGGCUGCUUUUGAUGGAAAGGGUGUUGACAUCAUGGUACACAAUGCAUCAGCUGCAAGACCAAAACAUGGAUACUCAGAGAUAUCAGAGGAGACCACCAAAACAAGUUUCGCUGUGAACGUUAUUGGUGUAAUAACGCUGACGAGGAUUCUAGCUCCUAAAAUGGCACAGAGAGGCCGUGGUCAAUUUGCUGUGCUGAGCAGUGUUGCAGCAAAAAUCGGAGCACCCGGUCAGUCAGUGUACAGCGCCUCUAAGUCCGCACAAUAUGCAUAUUUCGAUGCUGUGAGAAGUGAGAUCGGUUACACUGGCGUCAAGGUGUCGCUCAUCUGCCCAGGUCCUGUCAAGACAGACCCAACCUCAAGUGACCCGCGUCAAUCAUUGGACAGAGUUGUAGAGCUUAUCAUGAAGUCGAUCUUCCAUGAGCUAGAUGAAUCCUGGAUAGCGGAGCAGCCGAUUUUAGCAAUGGUGUAUUUGCGUCAGCACUUUCCAAGCAUCGCGUCUUUCAUUAUGGGGAAGUUGGGACCCAAACGUGUGAAGACAGGAGGCGGGUACAGUCUGGGCGAAAUGCUGAAGAAGAAUGAUUAGGCUGAUUAAUCUUCAUAGGAUGUAGUCCUCAGAGGCCACCCGUGUCUGGGAAUCUAAAGUCGCAGGCAAUGCUAGUCAAUCUAUGUUCUUCACGUAUCCCAUACAGGCCCAUACUCGGGAAAUUAGUUUGCAGGCGUUGUUAGGUGUCAUGGUACAAGACACUUGUCUGUUUUCUUGUCCAUCAAUUUUUUUUUAAAUCUCAAGCUUAAAAUUACCCUACCUGCUUUUGUCCCGUUUUUUGUCUUUCUUGCAACGAGCAAGAUUGGGUGACAGCAACUCCAGUGGGCUGGAUGACAUACGUUCAUGAACCCCAUGAAUGUCAUAUUGGUUUUGUUUCUCAUUCGGAUUCCUCUGAAUUGUGUCGUCUAUGUCAACAAAUAAGUUCCAUGAGAUCCGUGCUUGAACUGAAGCUGGGACAUGUUCAGUUCCUGUUUUUCAC